UCUUCAGUCAGGGCGAAUACCAAAAUCCAUAAGCUUGUAAGAAAAUUAUUGACUUCUUUAGUUAAUUCUUGGUUAAAUCCGUAACUACUGUGUUAAUAUUCUCAAGCGAAGCAUUUUUACUUGGAUUUCUUAUGAUGUUAAUGUCUUAAUUAUUUGUUGAUACUCUCUGCAAAAUACUUCCAAGUGUGAGAGCGUCGGGUCUUGUGUGAGCCGUUUACGGUGCAACUAUCGGGAGCUAUGUCGGUGAAUCAAGUGCGGGAAAAUGGUGUACACGACGUUAAAGUACUUCCCGCUUUCAAUGAUAAACAUGGAGGUGUCAUUGUGGAAAUGAAGGAGCCUAUGGAUCCGGAGUCUUUUGUUGCUUUACUCAGGGACUCAAUAGCAUUAUGGAGAUUACAGGGCAAAAAGGGUGCUUGGAUUAAAUUGCCUAUUGGACUUGCAAAUCUUGUCGAAACAGCAGUUAAGGCGGGGUUCUGGUACCACCAUGCUGAGCCUGACUACCUCAUGCUUGUUUGCUGGAUUCCUGCAACAACCAAUACAAUCCCUGCAAAUGCUACACACCGAGUGGGUGUCGGUGCUAUUGUCUUGAAUGAUAAAAGAGAGAUGCUUGUAGUCCAGGAAAAGAGUGGCGUAUUCCAAGGAACAGGUGUUUGGAAGAUCCCUACUGGAGUUGUUGAUGAGGGUGAGGAUAUCUUUAUGGCAGCUGUAAGAGAAGUGAAAGAGGAGACAGGGGUAAGUGAAACAUGCGUCUCAAUAUUUUUUGUUCAUACUUCUAUUCACUCAUCGGUAUCGCUCUUUCUGAGACCACUAUUUCCAAUUAUUCAGGUUGACACAGAGUUCUUGGAGAUUCUAGCAUUCAGGCAAUUACACAAGUCCUUCUUUGGAAAAUCAGACUUAUUCUUCUUGUGCAUGAUGCGCCCCUUAUCCUUCAAUAUUCAGAAACAAGAACUAGAAAUUGAGGCAGCCCAGUGGAUGCCAUUCGAGGAGUACGCAACUCAACCUUUCACCCAGAAGCACGAACACUUCAGAUACAUUGGUAAUAUAUGCUUAAAAAAGAUGGAAGAUAGCUACACAGGAUUUUGUCCCCAGCCUAUAAAAUCAUCAUUUACUGAUGAGCUAAGUUACCUUUAUUUUAAUUCCAGGGAUCUGAACAAUUCAAAUUCUGUUGAUUCUUCCUGAACGGGAUUUAUUUUGUUGCCCAAUUACGCUGUAACUCUAUUAUUUAGUUUAUGUUAAUCCUUUUGGUAAGUUCAGAUAUUUCCAGUCUUGCUGAUAAAAAAAAUGCCAAAUCCGUGUGAAAUUACUGACACAGAAGACAGUUACCAUAAAGAAUAAAUUGUGAUAGGCUUCACCUUUGGCA